AUGGAAUCUGAUGUUGAACUGCAUGAUCGGGGACUGAAGUUGGAAGAAAGCACCAGCUCCAAUGAUAAGUCUGAAACUAACGUAAAUGAAUCUGAAAAACAACAACAUUACCACCACCACCAAGAAGUUGCAUACUCUGAUGAGCUCGAUGAUUAUCAUGAAGAUGAAGUCGAUGAUGAUGAAGUUGACUAUGACGAUGACGACGACCUUAAAGUGGUGGUUGAUGAAUCACUUGGAACCACAAUUCUUAGAGAAAUUCAAGAUGGUACAUACGUUUGUCUUGUAUGCACUGGUGAAAUAAACAAAGAUUCCCAAAUUUGGACAUGUCAUCAAUGUUUCCGGGUUUAUGAUCUCGACUGUAUUCAAGAUUGGGCUGUUAGAGGUUCCUCGACUAAUAAAACAAGCAAGGAAUGGAGAUGUCCCAGUUGUAAUCAUGCCACUAAGGUUAUCCCCAAAGUUUUCACUUGCUGGUGUGGCAAGCUGAUCAAUCCAGAACACAAUGUAUUGAUGCCUUUUAGUUGUGGCAGUAUGUGCAACUACAAAUACGCAAGCUGCGUGCACAGUUGUACAUACAUAUGCCACCCCGGUCAGCACCCUAUUUGUGGUGCAACGGGGCCGAUGAUGAAAUGCCAUUGUGGCAAGGAAUCACGGCAACUACCUUGCUUAAUCACACCAUAUGAUGAGGGUUGGAGGUGUGCACAGGAUUGUGACACUAUAUUGUGUGACUUGGGCCACAAAUGUCUCAAGGGCUGUCAUUCAGGAUUUUGCCAGGUAUGUUCCACUAUGAUCCAGGUCAGUUGCUACUGUGGGGACGAGCAAAAAGAAAUCCAGUGUCACGAAAAGGUAUUGAUGAAUUGUGGUGGUGGUAGAGUUGGUGGCUACUCUUGUGGUAAGACUAAACGUUUUUAUUAUGAUUGUCAGAAGCACUUUGAGAUAAAAUCAUGUCAACCACCUCCUUCCUCCUUGAUGAAAUGUAAAUAUUCUCCAGAAAUUAUCACUACAUGUUACUGUGGCAAAACAAAAGCUGAUUUACAUAAUCGUACAAAAUGUACUGAUCCAGUCCCUGAGUGCAGUAAUAUUUGUGACAAAUUGUUGGCAUGCGGUCAUCGCUGCAAAUUCAAAUGCCAUGAAGGAGACUGCGAUUGUAUCUCAGUGAGUGAAAUAAAAUGUUCUUGUGGACAUGAAUCUUAUUUAGCUCCAUGCAAGUUUAUUCAAUCUGGUAUUAAGCCGAAAUGUAAUCAUAAAUGUUCGGUUUUAUUGAAUUGCAGAAAGCAUUAUCAUCGUUUGGAAUGUUGUCCUGAUGAACAAAUUGGUCUUGCUAGAGAACGUGACCGCAAAAAAGCUAUCAGAAAUAAUAUUAGAUCCAAUUUUAGACAAGAUGUGAUGUCAAUUGAAGCUUCUCAUAUCUGUACUAGAACAUGUAAUAGAUUGAAAUCUUGUGGUAAACACAUGUGUCAAGCUUUAUGUCAUAAUGGUCCUUGUGAAGUUUGUUUAGAAUCAACCAAUGAAGAUUUAGUUUGUCCUUGUGGGAAAACGGUUAUUCCAGCACCAGUUAGAUGUGGUACCAAGUUGGUAUGUCAUGAACAGUGUAUUCGUGUUCCUCUCUGUGGUCAUCGUCCUGAGCCUCAUGAAUGUCACGAUGAUUCUAUUAAUUGUCCUAAAUGUACUGCUUUAGUGGUUCGAGAAUGCGAUUGUGGUGCAACUCUGGAUAUUCCUGGAAUUUUAUGUUUUCAAGAAAGAGUUUCAUGUGGGAAAAUGUGUAAAGUUGCCAAAGACUGUGGACAUCCUUGUUUCAGAACUUGUUCAUCUCAAUGUACAAAAGAGAAUAUUCACAACAGCUCCCGUGAUUGUCAAUCGUAUUGCAAAAAAAUCAGAAAUAGCUGUCCUCAUUUAUGUAAAUUGAAAUGUCAUUUUAAUAAAGUUGGCAAAAGCUCAAAUUGUGAUGUUGUUACUUGUACUUCAGAAGUAACUGUUCGUUGUGAAUGUGGACGUUUGGAGAAAAAAAUCAAAUGUGGUGCAAGUGUUGGCGAGCCUUCGAGUAUUGGAACUGUUUUGGAAUGUGAUUCUGUUUGUGUUGCUGCGAAAAGAGAUGCUGCAUUGCGUGCUGCAUUCAUGGGGACUCCUGAACCGGAAACCACUGCCACUGAAGGAUCUUUGUAUAAUGCAUUAAUCAUCCAAGAUUUGUUUUUCGGGUUAGUGAAAGAUGAUUUAGAUCGAGAAUUGAAACCUUUAUAUCAAGACAAGUUGGAGAAUUAUGAAAUUCAAUGGUUGAAAGGUUCAUCAUUUAUAUUUUAUUCUCCGGAAAAGUCUAAGAACAUGGAUGUUGAAGAAGAAAAUAAAUUGUAUUUGUUGUUAAAGAGUUUCAGAAGAGUUUUGAGAGAGAAAUCAUUGGCGUUUGAUUGUAAAUUGUGUCUUAUUGAUGAUAGUGCCUCAUUUGUAUUGAAAAUUGAUAAUAAUAGUACUCCACAAUCUCAAUCAAACUUGAUUCAAGAUGUUUCCAAAACCAAAAAGAGUCAAAAUGGAUUUGAUGUUUUACAAACUGAUGAUUAA